AGUUCGUGCAUUAAAUCCGCAGGUUUGAGAAUGACGUAUUGUAAAGGUUGAGUAACGAGUUGCAUCAUCCCAUUUUGAUACCAACAAUACAUAAUCACCAAUUUGGACUUUGGCCAUUAGGUACAUCCCGUCCCGGUCCCCAAUCUUUGGUACCCAUCAUACCCAAGAUCAUACUUACGACGAAUACGACCGGCUGAGGAACUAUAUGUGUUGAGGACCAGUUCUUUUCCACAAACCGGCAUUAUUUAGAAGGUUUAGGAAUCAUUUCUAGUUGCUUCUCACUUUGUAAGCCAAGCAGCAUGAGUUCUACCUCACAGGAAGGUGCUAUAUUGUCUGUGAACCCAUUGUCCUGUCUUCAUGACGAACCAGUUUGCAUAAAGGUGUCAGGCUUGAAGCCAAAUCAGGAUGUCACUCUUCAUUCAUCUAUGAAGGAUGUUCGAAAUAUCCAUUUCAUGUCUUAUGCACAUUACAGAGCGGAUGGGAAUGGCGAGGUUGACGUUGAUGUGAUGGAAUCCCUUGGUGGAGAGUAUGAGGGUGUUUUUCCCAUGGGUCUCUUUGGAUCUCUCGCCCCAGCACCAAAUGAAUAUAAAUAUACUCGCUUUUUCAAAAGGGAUGUCGAAAAUCCCAAUCUUGUUACAAUUAGUGUACAUGACGGACAUCUUAGUGCUGAAACACUAUGCUCAUCAGAAGCAAGCAAACCUCUGUCAUCCGUUGUUCAUGAAAGGCACUAUAUGGCUCCUGGUGUUCAGCGUAUUCCAGUGCGAUACGGAAAAGUUAGAGGUGCUCUGUUUUUACCUCCAGGUGACGGUCCGUUCCCAGGAGUUGUCGAUAUGUUUGGUACUGCAGGUGGUCUUCUUGAAUUUAGAUCGGCUCAACUUGCUUCCCGAGGCUUUGCAUCUCUUGCACUUGCUUUUUUCAAUUAUGAUGAUCUUCCCAAAGGCUUAGAAGAGUUUGAUAUUGCAUACUUUGAAGAGGCCGUAGAGUAUCUAUUGAAACAUGAGAAGGUAAUGAAUCAAAGCAUCGGUGCUAUAGGAGUCAGCAAAGGUGGAGACCUUGCUCUGUCCAUGGCUACAUACAUUCCUGAAGUGAAAGCAGCUGUUUCAAUAAAUGGCUGCAAUGCCAAUGUACAGGCAGAAUUCAAGAUUUCCAGUAGAAUUGUUCCUGGGUUGCAGUUUGAUGUUUCAAGAGCCAAGUUUGAAAAUGAAAUCCUGGAUUGCUUUGAUGUACUGGAUGAUAGCCUUUCCAUGCCAGAAGCAAUCAUUCCUGUUGAGGAAGCAGAUGCCAAUUUUCUUUUCUUGGUCGGAAGGGAUGACAGGAACUGGAAAAGUGUAGAAUAUGCUGACCAUGCUGUUAAUCGUCUAAUAAGGGCUGGGAAAAGCAAUUUUGAGGUUCACCAGUAUCCAGGUGCUGGUCAUCUCAUUGAACCUCCGCAUGCCCCUUUUAUAAGAGCCUCGCUCCACAAACUUGUCAGGAUGCCUAUGUUAUGGGGUGGCAGGACUGUGCCCCACACUAAAGCCCAGAUACAUGCAUGGCCAACUAUGCUAAGGUUUCUCCGAAGAUGUGUCCGUUAAGUUGCUCUUAACAAUAAAGAAAUAGAAAGUGUAUGUCUGUAUAGAAAGUGUCGAAUUAUAGAAAUUACAGAUGAUCUAAAUUUUAUAAUAAACAAAUCAGAUCUAGCUAUACUUAGUAAGUUAUGGAAAUGUUUGUCAAAUUAUUCUAAGCAUUUUCAAGAAGUAUGUAUAUAAGAAUUGUAAAUACCAAGUAUGUACGUAUGUGUUCUUCUGACCAACAAAAUAUGUAAAGGUAUAUACAGUGGACCCCCCAUAUUCGCGUUCUCCGGAUUUGCGGACUCUCACUUUCGCGGAUAUCUCUUGGAAACGUUUCCCUGUAUUAUUCGCAGAAAAUUCGCAUAUUCGCGGUAUUUUUCUAUGAGAAAUAUCCAUAAUUUUUUUUUUUUUUUUUACCAAUUUCAUGAUAAAAUGUCCUUUUUGUGAUAAAACUAUUAAAAAACCAAGUAUAAAAAUUUGUUGUGGGUUUUUCUUGAGUUUUAACUAACAAAAUAGGCUGUUUUCAGUGUUUUUAUAGGGGUUCCAACUAUUCGUGGAUUCUAACUAUUCACGGGGGCGUCUGGUACGCAUCCCCCGCGAAUACGGGGGACCACUUUAUAUGAAACCAGGCCACUAGCACUUAUAAAACCAUACAGUAUGAAGGACAUCACAAAAGUAAGAGCAUAAUAAAACUAUAAACAACUACUGAUAUUUUGACCAAAUAUGACUUGAGACUUUCUAUGUAUGUAAUAUUAACAUAUAUAUUUUGAUAUGUACUAAUAAUAAUGCAGGUAAUACAGUAACAAUAGAUGCUGGUAAUACAGUAUUAUUAUUAUGUAUUUCUGUAUUAGCCCUUAUAACCAGAAUACAGGUUCUUGAGCAAAAAAUAUACAGGUAUACUAUAAGUAUAAGCUGUUUACUGACAGGCAUCAUUAACACAGAGAAGAUGUCUUAAUAUGAACAUAGACCAGACAUGGUGGAAGCAAUAUAGUUAGUGUAAAAAUUGUGUACUAUGUGAAGGCCAAAUUUACCAACUUCAUUUUCUAGCAUUAAGUUAGUGCAAAAGUUUUUUCAUUGGGUAGGUAAGUUUGGCCAGGGUUAUUCUUAUUUUGGUGCUAAACAAAACAAGCAGUGGUAACUUGCCUAGCAGAGCUGUUGGUCUCCCUUUUGUCUUCUGUAUAUGCAGUGUUUGUAAUCGGUAAUCACCGUAACCCUGAAAAUAGUAAGAAAAAUAUUCAAAACAUAGAUUUAUGUAAGCAUGGGGAAAGAAACAGGUUUACAAGCUUUGCCAUGGUAAUAGAUUUUCUCCCCUCCUUGUAGUGAACCUCCUCCCAGUGGCUACAGCUCCCUAAACCAGUUUUCUCAUCUUGUUAUAGCGUCUACAGCUGUGCCACUCAGAAUCCUAAUUAUGGCACCGUAAGCUGGCACUCACAAUGCCAUAACUCCAGAAUAUCAGCUGUGACCCAGAAUUGAUUUUUUUAUGAAUAUAUUGGAAAAAGCACUGUAAGUACAGAACACCUUCGGUUGAGACAACUGUAACCUGGGGACUACCUUCUUGUAUCCUCUACAUAACCAUAACUAGGGUUUUGAGUGUGGUUUAUAAGAAUGUAGGUCUCAGAAGACACCAGUGAUAUUUUUUCUAAAAUUAUGCCAUAUAUGAAAUGUUACUCAUGGAAUAAACUCUCUCAGGUAUUUUACACUCAUUUCUGGCAGCCUUGGCUAAACUAACGGUUGCGGUCCAAGUAUCUCAGGUCCUCUACGGCUGCAAUGGUGUUUUUUUAUUUUAGUAAAAUUUUACAGACUCAAGCAUACAAUUUAUAAAAAACAAAAUUGAUAUUUUCCAUGCAUUUUAUAGAGAAGUUCCUAUGUCUGCUCAAAUCCCAGCUACUAGUCCAAGAAGAAAAAUAAUAAUAAGACCUGUUACUACCAGUACGUUAGUUCAUGUACCUUUGGUCCCUCGGGCCCACUUUAGCAAAAAAAGGUUUCACCUCUUGUUUAGUGCGGGGAGCUUAGUAAAUGCUGUGGGAUAGUGUAUUUGUAUAAAAAAAAAUCUACUUUAUUUAUAGAAAAUUUGUUUCCUUACAAUCUUAAUACUUUUACGUUAAUAAGUUGCAACUUCUGUUGGAGGGAACUAGGAGAGGAAAAGUGAAAACAACUGACUUGAAGAACCAAUAGAAGACAACGGGAAUAAAAAUGUCUGGAAUCUGUUACUUCCCAGAACUACAAAUGGUCUGUCAAUGUAAUGCCACCCUGUGAGUAAUAUUAAUUGCUGGUAUUGUAAGGAGACAAUUCGAAAAUGGAAGUGUACUUGCCACAACUCUGGUUAAUAGUAGCAAGAAGCACCGGAAGAUGUGAACUCAGGGAUGCCCAGGAAAUGAUUGUGUGAUGAGGAGGAAUCUUUCAAUUCAGGGAGGGCUUGUCCAACCACAGAUAAUGAACCCAAAGAAAACAUCUAACAUAUGGUUGAAAAUAUCCAUGACAACUUUGUAGUGUUGACACCAAAUGCCGGCCCUUAAAACGGUAUCAAUAUCUUGACAUUCCAUCAUGCACUUUGACAUUUCAUCAUAUAAUUUGAACCAAGAUGAGUUGGUGUUCGUAGAGAAAAAAAUUUUCAUUUGCCUUCUCUGGAGUCCCUUGUUCUCCAAAAGUAGAUUUGAAUAGCCUCAACAACACAGGGGAAGAAAUUAUUCAAGUAUGCACAGUUAAAAGAAUACUGAAAAGAGCUGCAAGAUGACUUUCACUGGAGGACUGGAUCUUGGUCAGAAAGUCUGAUGAAAAGGGCUACUAACAGAGUAUGAAGUUUCUGAAUGCAUAGCCCUACUAGAAGUUGUUUCAGGCUCUUUUUCUACAUGCCAAGAUGAAUGCAAUGAGGAAAAUUAUACAAGGAUGCAUACUCUGGAUGCUCAUACAGAUGUCUUAUCAGGUUCCUUAAACCCUCAGAGAGAGAUACCAGGAUAGUGGCUGGAUUGUCAUAGUUGGGGAGUCUUCUAGAAAUGCUAGCAUAACCUCUUCAAAUCCACUGAGAUCAAUUUAAUGUUGCUUAAGCACUCGAUAUACUUACUGCAAACCCAUACCCUUUGAUGUCUGCAACAGACAUUUUCCUUCUGUCAACUAAGAAACAGAAGAAAUUGGGGAUUAUUGGAGCAAAGGCAUUAAUAGCAUUAGCCUUCCCAAAUCAUCCCAAAACCAUGAAGAUUGGAUUGUUCAUGCAUUUGUUUUAUAUUAAGCCAGCCUUGUGCUCGCAUGGGCUCUUGCUCCUAGAGCAGCCCAUAACAGGUAAUGUUAUCUGUAGUGAGGAAAAAGGUGAUGAAGAAGGAACAUA